GUUGAGCAGCAAUAUCCACGAUUUCCACAUUUCAUAAAGGAUAAGGAACUGUUUUAUGCUUUCUUGUUCCUUUUUAUCUGCUUUGCUGAAAAAAAGGAAUCUGAAUUUAUGAUGCCCAUGUUCUUGUGAAUCACUCCUAUAACCUCAAAACCUUUUAGCAAUCAAAAACGCAAAAAUAGCCAGAAAGAAGUCUUGUUUUUUAUUUUCUCUCCUUUCAAUUAUUUAUUAUAGACUUAUUUAAUAAUUUUAUGAAGCUUAAAAUAGCAUUCUUGUGGACGAACUAUGGAAAUUUAUCGUAAACGGUUGAAAAAUGUUUACAGUACCUUUGACGAAAGUAUAUAUACAAAAUCUAGCUCUCCUCCGAGCUCAUUAGCAUUACAGGUUUUCCAGCAAUUGAAUGAAUCCUCAAUAUCCAAGUAUCAAUUACGGCUCGUCAUCCAGGAAACUCGAAACUUGGAAAAACAAAAGCACGAUUCCUUGUACUGGUCUAUUUUAGGUCGAUGCUCUGCUGUGUUGCACGUGAUGCUUUUACAAAGGUUACUGAAAGAAGCAACUGAAUUGACUGACAAUUUGCACUAUUGGGAGACUGUGGACAGAAAUUGGAUUUCACGCUUAAUUUAUUUGAUUCAAUCCUUCCCUAUUCGCUUAUGGAAAGCCUUUAGCAAAUCCAUCCAUUCAACAUUUCGCUCUCCUAACUUUUCCCAAGUGUUUAGGAAGAGCAACCUUUUCCCAAAAAUUAGUGCAUCAGAUAUCCAUUUCUACGCUCGUGAAGUAUUCAUUUCCCAUACGAAUGUUCUUUCGCUCAUACGCCAUGAAUACCAAAGCAAUGCUAAACAUUUGCGUAUUUUACGAGACGAACAUGCAUCAAAAAUUGGUUGCUUAAGUAGGGCUAUUAUGGACGCAAGAUUUCCAUUAGACAUUUCCGGUUCUACCGUCGACUCAAAACAUACAAAACUAGAUGAUCUCGUAACGGAAUGGAUCCAGCGCUUGCUAAAACUUUUAAACUCAAGCCCAAAAAUAAAUCAUGCAGAAGAUCUCAUGGCAAUUUUUGAAAGUAUUCUGGAACCUAGUGAGCAGUUUUUAGAAGCAAAAGAAUAUUUUAGUCCAUCAGCUUUGGAAAGAGGUUGGUUGAAAGCGCUAAUGACUCUGUUGGCGAGUUGGAUGACGAUUCGAUUCAUCACAAAAAAUCAACAUAAUCUAUUAGCAUGGAUGGAGUACUUAUAUUCAACAAUGGCAGAUUUUGUCAAUAAUUGGGUCUACAAGCCUAUCUUGGGUAUUUUAGAUACCAUACGCAGCAAUCGUGCAGACUCUCAAAUUGCAGUUAUUCAGACCAAGAGUUUGGAGAGUGAUAUGCAAAGUCUUCAACGUAUGGUACUAGAUUUUGUGCGUGAUACUUCUACAUCUGCCAUAGAUCUGGAUCUCGUAAGGGCUCAAGUACAUGAUGGAGACCUGACUCCGGUGCUACAGGCAUAUGAACAUGACUUGAAAACACCAUUGAAAACAGCCAUUACGGGAAAUUUGAUUCGUACUCUAUUAAUCCAAUUGCAAAAAACAAAGGUGGAUGUUGAGGUAACUUUAAGCGGCAUUGAUCGACUAUUAAAGAGUCAGCAGCUCGUGUUUGCAACAGUAGGAAUUACACCUAGCAUUGUUUUUUGUUAUGCUUUAACCAUGCAAUUCAAGAAAAACUUCCUUAACAAGAGUGUUUUAUCUUUAUCGGAGCGUCGCCAAAGAUUUCGUCAAGCCAUGCGAGAUGUGGAAAGAAUUUUGCUACGUUCAGGGAAGAAAAAAACUCUGGAAGACCAGGAAUAUGGAUUACUUGUAUUUCAAGUCAAUUCCAUGGCCGAGCUGUCCAAAGACUUGGCAAUUUCCAAACCAGUACGGGAAGAUCUUAUUCAAGACUUGGAAGACAUUCAGACGAACGCCUAUGGUAUUUCUUCCCAACUCCGUGCUAUUGAUCGUAUCUAUAGAUUAUUUUAUCCAACCAUUUAAUUUUAUGUUUCUCAUGGAAUUCAUUCAUAUACGACUUCUAUGAAGAAGCCUUGGGUUCAUAAACUUUAUGUUUUCGUUCUCUAUCUCUUCUCUUCUAUCCCUUACAAGAUUUCUCUAAUAUUAUGAAAGAAUAAAGGUUAUUAUGCUAUAACAUUUAUGCCAUUUGAACACAAGUGACAUCUUUUUGUAAGUUGAAAGUCGAAAAGUACCUGCAAAUGAUUUAUGAGUCCAUUCAAAAUGCACAAGGAACGCAUGAAAUACAAUGAACCGCUAAUAUUUAUUUCAUUCGCUAUUUUUAUUCUCAUACAUAUCUCUUAAUAUUAGGCUAUGCCCGUUGACACUUUGUUUCCAC